AUGACAGAUGAUAUUCAUCGACGAGUAUUUAUUAAAAAUAUUCCAUAUGAAAUAAAUGAUGAUGCUUUGUCAGAAUGGUGUUCUUCAUUUGGUCCAAUAACUAACUGUGCUUUAAAGCGAGAUAGAUUUGGAAAUUCACGUGGUUUUGCUUUUGUUACAUUUGCAACCAUCGAUGGUCACGAUAAUAUAUUAUCUCAAACACCUCAUUAUUGUCAAGGUCGUCAUUUGAUUGUCAAAACAGCAUGUGAUCAUAUAAAUUCAAAUGAUUAUCAAUCAAAUUCGUCUCCAGAAACACAAUUUCAAAUAACAUCUUCUUUAUCUAUGAAUGAUAAUUCCAAUUCAAUAUCAAUGGAUAAUAGUUUUACUUGUGAUAAUACGUAUCAUAAUCGUUUAGCAUCAUUACGUGAUGAACUUGAAGCUAAUCUUGAAUGUAUGCAAAUAGCACAUGAACAUGAAAUAAAAAUCGUACAAGAAAAACUUACACGUGAAAAAAAACUUCUAAAAGAAGCUGAAGAAUUAUAUAAAGAAGCUGAAGAAGAUUGGCGUAAAGUUAAUGAUGAAAAUGCUCGAUUACGUACAAGUUUAAUUAAAAAUGUUAUGCAAACAUUUAAUAUGCGAAAAGAUUUAGCACGUCGAACAAAAGAUGAAUUAAAAAAAUGUACACAAAUUGAAAAACAAUGUAUAGAUAUUAAAUCAAACCGAAUGAUAUCAAAUUUUAAUGAAAAAUUGCAAAGUCAAACAUAUAAUGAUUAA